CUAUUUGACAGCUCUCUCCGCUCUUCUUUCUUGCUUUCACUUCCUCUUCUUCACGGACCGUUACCAAAUAGUUUUUAUUUUGCUUCCUCUCUUUACCUUUCUUUCUUCUUUCUCUUCAACUUUCUUCAUCAACAAAAAUGGCUGCAACAAUCUUCAUUUCAUUCUGAUUUCGUGAAGCUGUCUUGUGUUCUCAAUUUACUAUUAGAUGGCUAUGGAUACCCAAGAUUUAUUAUGGGUCAUAGUUAUUCUUGUUGGUUUAUGCCUUCAAGCUCAAAUCCUUCAUUGUCAAACUCAAAACUUAACCUGCGACGGAAAUGAUUUGAAAGCUUUACAGGAUUUCAUCAAUGGCUUGGAAUCACCAAUCCAAGCCUGGGAAACAAAUUCCUCAUCUUCAAAUUGCUGUAACUGGUCAGGCGUAACUUGCAACCCUUCUUCUUCUAGAGUAUUUAAGCUUGAACUUCCAAAUCAAAGAUUGACAGGGAAAAUUGUAGAGUCAUUGGGAAAUUUGGAUCAGCUCACUACCCUAAAUUUAUCCCGUAAUUUUCUGAAAGACUCGCUUCCUUUCUCUUUGUUUCAGUUGCCAAAACUUGAAACCUUAGACUUGAGCUUUAAUGACUUUACUGGUUCAAUCCCACGUACCAUAAAUUUACCCUCUCUGUCUCUUCUUGACAUUUCGGCAAAUAAUUUAAGUGGGUCAGUUCCUACUCACUUGUGUGAAAAUUCAACCCAAGUUAGGGUAGUUCGUCUGGCAGUUAACUUCUUCUCCGGUGUCGUUUUACCAGGUUUAGGCAAGUGUGCUUCCUUGGAGCAUCUUUGUCUUGGCAUGAACGAUCUUACUGGUGGAAUAGCUGAAGAUAUAUUUGGGCUGGAGAAACUCAAGUUGUUGGGUCUGCAAAACAAUAAGCUUUCUGGGCAGUUAAGCAAUGGAAUUAGCCAAUUACAGAGUCUUGAAAGAUUGGAUAUUUCAUGUAAUAAUUUUUCAGGUACUAUACCAGAUGUUUUUCAUGGUCUGGCCAACUUUAAGUAUUUCUUGGGUCAUUCUAAUGAUUUUCAUGGUACAAUACCUCUCUCUUUGGCUAAUUCUCCUUCGCUUAUAUUGCUAAAUUUGAGGAAUAAUUCAUUGGAAGGUGAUAUUAAUCUUAUUAAUUGUUCUGCCAUGAUUAAAUUGAAUUCGCUUGAUUUGGGUUCUAACAAAUUUAAAGGAGUUUUGCCAGAUAAUCUUCCUUCUUGUAAGAAUUUGACGAAUAUUAACCUUGCCCGGAACAAUUUCAGUGGUCAAAUUCCAGAAAGCUUCAAGAAUUUCCAAAGCUUGUCUUAUCUUUCUCUGUCAAAUUCUAGUAUCCAUAAUCUUUCAUCUGCCUUGCAAAUCUUGCAGCAAUGCAAGAGGUUACAUACUUUAGUCCUCACCUUGAAUUUCCGCGGUGAACAAUUGCCUGCUAAUCCUAGUCUCCAAUUUGAUAACUUGAAGGUACUAGUUAUUGCUAGUUGUAGACUCACAGGAUCAAUACCCUCUUGGUUGAGGAAUAGCACUAAUUUGCAGUUGCUAGAUUUGUCAUGGAACCAUUUGGAUGGAACUAUUCCAAUCUGGUUCGGUAGUUUUGCCGAUCUCUUUUAUUUGGACUUAUCAAACAACUCGCUUAUUGGGGAGAUCCCAAAGAGCUUGACUCAAUUGCCAAGCCUCAUCAGCAGGAAUAUCUCAUUGGUGGAGCCUUCACCAGAUUUCCCUUUUUUCUUGAAAAGGAAUGAAAAUAAAGGGGCAUUGCAGUAUAAUCAAGUUAUGAGCUUUCCACCAACACUGGCUCUCAGUCAUAACUUACUUGCAGGAUCAAUCUGGCCAGAGUUUGGGAAUUUGAAAAAGUUACAUCUUUUGGACUUGAAAUAUAAUAAAUUAUCUGGGCCAAUACCAAGUGAAUUAUCAGGGAUGACUAGCUUGGAGAUGCUGGAUUUGUCUCAUAAUAAUCUUUCGGGGAACAUACCUUCAUCCUUGGUAAAUCUCAGCUUUCUAUCUAAGUUCAAUGUUGCUGAUAAUAAUCUCAGUGGGAAGAUUCCUAUUGGAGGUCAGUUUCUGACUUUUCCUAACUCAAGCUUUGAAGGUAAUGAUCUUUGUGGUGACCAUGGUACACCUCCUUGUGCAAACACGGAGGUAAUUCUGCGUGAAGCACCCAUGAAAUCAAGAAGGAAUAAAAAUAUUAUUGUUGGAAUGACCGUUGGUAUUGUACUUGGGACAGUUUUUCUUCUUGUUCUCAUGCUCAUGAUUGUGUUGCGGGCACACAGCCAAGGAGAGAUUGAUCCUGAAAAAGAGGGGGUUGACACCAAUGAUAAAGAUUUGGAGGAAAUCGGAUCAAGGUUAGUGAUUUUGUUCCAAAAUAUGGAGAACUAUAAAGAGCUCUCCUUGGAUGACCUUCUGAAAUCUACCAACAAUUUUGACCAAGCAAAUAUCAUUGGCUGUGGGGGUUUUGGUCUAGUUUACAGAGCCACACUCCCUGAUGGUAGGAAGGUCGCAAUAAAAAGGCUUUCUGGUGAAUGUGGUCAGGUGGAGAGGGAAUUCCGUGCCGAAGUUGAAACCUUGUCAAGAGCUCAGCACCCAAACCUCGUCCAUCUUCAAGGGUAUUGCAUUUUCAAAAAUGACAGGCUUUUGAUAUACUCUUACAUGGAAAACAGUAGCUUGGAUUAUUGGUUGCAUGAAAAAAUUGAUGGACCAUCCUUACUUGAUUGGAAUACCAGGGUACAUAUUGCUCAAGGGGCUGCAAGAGGGCUAGCUUAUCUGCACCAAUCAUGUGAUCCCCAUAUACUUCACCGAGAUAUAAAGUCGAGUAACAUCCUUUUAGAUGAAAAUUUCAAAGCCCAUUUAGCAGAUUUUGGUCUUGCAAGGCUCAUAUUACCUUCUGAUACCCAUGUGACAACUGAUCUUGUAGGGACAUUAGGCUACAUUCCUCCAGAGUAUGGCCAAGCCUCUGUUGCUACCUAUAAAGGGGAUGUAUAUAGUUUUGGAGUUGUUCUUUUGGAGCUUCUUACUGGGAAAAGACCAAUGGACAUGUGCAAGCCAAAGGGAUCGCGGGAUUUAAUCUCUUGGGUGCUUCAGAUGAAGAAGGAGAACAGAGAAAGUGAGGUCUUUGAUCCAUUCAUUUACGGCAAGGACAAUGAUAAGCAAUUACUAUGGGUUCUUGAUAUUGCUUGUCUAUGCUUGAAUGAAUCCCCAAAAGUGAGGCCUUCAACAAUGCAGCUGGUUUCUUGGCUUGACAGCAUCGAGAUCACGACAUAGCUUCUGCUAUUAGUUAAGACAGAGUGGAGCUGGAGACAUUCACAUAUGGUCAAGUUAUACGAACCCAAAUUCAUUGGUGCUUUACUUAUGAAAUAGUUAUCCUGUUGUAAAUAUUACUUCCAUACUUUGUUUCUUGAAGUUAGCUGCUCUCGACUGUUGGAAAAGAGGGAGCUAAGACUCUAACCAAGCUGAGCUAGCCAGUUACUUGAGAUUUUGUAAUUUUUUACAAUGAAGAUCAGUUCUUACUUUUCAUUGAAGAGAAACUGUUUACACACAGCAUGUAUAAAAUAAAAUUUCUGAUUUUUCUUUCUUUUUU